AUGUCGUUGUUUAAAAAGAAGACACCGAAAUAUUCGGCACCGCCCGUACCUCCUCCUCCGGCUGAAGAAGUACAGAACCAUCAGUCUAACGGUGUCGACAAUAACAACGGAGCUCAAAAAUCACAACUAGUAUUCCACUGUCAACAGGCUCAGGGAAGCCCUUUAGGACUUAUUUCCGGAUUUUCAAAUGUAAAGGAGCUUUACCAAAAAAUAGCAGAAUGUUACGACUUUCCACCCGAAGAUAUUUUAUUUUGCACUCUAAAUACACAUAAAGUGGAUAUGAAGAAAUUACUCGGUGGUCAAAUAGGAUUAGAAGAUUUCAUUUUUGCACAUAGAAAAGGUCGGCCAAAGGAAAUUGAAAUAGUUAAAACUGAAGACGCUCUUGGUUUAACUAUUACUGACAACGGAGCAGGAUAUGCCUUCAUAAAGAGAAUAAAGGAAGGAUCCAUUGUUUCCAGAAUACCGCAUAUAGAGGUUGGUGAUCACAUUGAACGAUUAAAUGAAGAGAACAUGGUUGGCAAAAGACAUUAUGAAGUGGCUAAAAUAUUAAAAGAUAUACCUAAAGGGACUACAUUUACUAUAAGAUUAGUGGAGCCGUUAAAAAGUGGUUUUGGAAGCAUAGGACCUAAAAGUGGCAGUGCAAGGUCUGGUAGAAAACCAACUUACGGAUCGGGCAAAGAAACACUUAGAUUCAAAGCUAAUGGUCCAGCAACGAUAGAAAAUGAGCAUGACGAAGCGUCAAAAGCAGGCAUAGAUAAAAUUAAUGCACUCCUCGAAUCUUUUAUGGGAAUAAAUGACACAGAAUUGGCGACACAAAUGUGGGAUCUUGCAAAUGGAAAAACGAAUUCGAUGCAGCUUGCCGAUGCUAUAGAUAAUAGUGAUUUACAAGAAUUUGGAUUUACGGAUGAAUUUAUAAUAGAACUAUGGGGCGUCAUAACUGAUGCUAGAUCUGGAAGACUCUAUUAAAACAUUUAUCAUAAAUUAUAUAAAAAAACAAGCUUACUUAUCUUAUUAUCAAAAUAUAGUGAAAAUUUUAAUAUAUAUCAAUAAUUGUUAAAGCCAUUAUUGGUAAUAGUUACUGUUAAUACCUUUGACAAUUAUUUUUGUAAUAACAAUAAGUGAAUAGGUUAGGCAUUAAGAAGUUAUUUUAUAUUGUAUAUAAACACGUUCGCGUUGUAAAUAGGAAGCAUUUUUACUAUUUACAAAAUGUUAAUUAUUAUUUUUAGAUAAAAUGUGCUGUUAGGAUACUAAGGAUGUAACUUAAAGUUGUGUUACAAAGUUAAAAACUAGCGUGAAACGAAGCGAAGCGUGUGUUUUACUCUCACAAAAUGAAAAAUAAGGGAAGCGCUUAUAAUUAUAUAUAUAAUUAAGCGCUUACCUCUAUAUUUUUUGGCGUACUUCUUUAAAACUAUAACAAUAGUGCGUGGAGGCGUUCAGUUUUGAAUUUUCCAAAUAUUUUCCCUUAUUGAACAUUAAUCUGAUAUUAAAUAUAUUAUAGUUUAAUUUAUAAAAAA